CUGCCGUUUCUAGCCUCUUCUCAUCCACUGAUAAACGCCAUCGUGUAGCCGAGCAAGGAUGCUCCGUGAAACAGUAGUCGUCGCCUUGAAAACAUGAAAGCAUCAGGAGCAUAAAAAUCUCCAUUAAUUUUGCAUAAUCGUGUCUCCUGACAUCAGAACGAUAUGUUUCACCGAGGAGACGAUUGUGGAAGACAUUUUUUGUGAUAACGCAAAAUAUACUGCUCGCCGUGUGGAAGCGAAAUCGAACUAGGGAAUCAAUAAGACUGAUUUAUAGUCUAAUUUAUUGAAAACAGGGCUAGAGGCAUUGUAGGAUUAAUCAAAUAGGAGCGCAGCAGGAUACGAGGAAUUGAUAUUCGGUUUACGUAAAACCAACAGAACAGCCUUCAAAAUAGACAGAUCACAAAUGCCCAGGGGUAAACGCCGGGUUGUAGCGGAGAUGGGGCCAAGCGAAGAUGACCGACAACCAUCCAAAAGGCAUCGCAAUACCUACCAGAGUAGUCAGAGCUCUCGGCGGAAUAGCAAAGUUGACGAUGCAUUCAGUCAAAAGCGAUGUCUGACCUGGUUCCAUGAGUACACAACCGCAGACGAUCCCGACACUUUAGGUCCUGAGGGGAUGGAGAGGUUCUGCGAAGACCUCGGUGUCGAGCCGGAGAACGUUGCGAUGCUGGUACUAGCGUACAAAAUGGGUGCCCGCCAGAUGGGCUUUUUCACACAAAGUGAGUGGUUAAAAGGCCUAACGGAUCUCCAGUGUGACACUGCUGCAAAAGUCCAGUGCAAGCUUGAUUACCUGCGCAAUUUGCUGAACGAUCCCAACACGUUCAAAGUUAUCUACAGAUACGCAUAUGACUUUGCUAGAGACAAAGAUCAGCGCAGCAUGGAUAUCGAAACGGCGCGAGCGAUGCUGCAGUUACUGCUCGGCAAGCACUGGCCCCUAUAUGCACAAUUUGCCCAAUUUCUGGAGCAAUCCAAGUACAAAGUGAUAAACAAGGAUCAGUGGUGUAAUAUCCUGGAGUUCUCCCGUACUAUCUCCAACGAUCUGAGCAACUACGAUGUCGAUGGAGCUUGGCCCGUGAUGCUGGACGAAUUUGUCGAAUGGUUACGUUUUUUACGGACGCAGUCGACGAUUAGCUGAGGAUUGUUCUACUAAAAACAUUAAGGCACAGACGCAGACACAAAUUUGUCAUACAGACACACACACACGCACGUUGAAACAAACGUUGAGACUAUCGUAUCUAAUUCUUCAAUCAUUUUCUCCAUAAGAGUGAAUCAUUUCGUCACGCUCUGGGCAGGAUAUUCACACACACAAACACGCUCAUGAACAUACACAUACAUCCUCUAAACACAUCAUCAGGAGCAAAUCAUAAAUUUCCCGCAAUGGGAAUUAUACAAGCAAAAUGCAACAAAACAAGGCGAAAGAAACAAUGUCAUAAGCCUACUCAUUUUCUCUGAAGGAAAUCCGAAAUGAUGGGGAAUUGAAAUCCACGUUUUUUUAGUUGGUUCGAAACAAUUUUUUUUCUUGAUACGUGUUUUGGAUUCCCCGUUGCAGACGCCAUCGUUUUAGUAUGAUAAAGCGCUCGAAUUAUUUUAAGCAAACCAAAUAAAUCACAUGAGAAAAACACCCACAGCGAAGUGAAGUAGUCAACCGGUAAUGAAAGAGAAUAAACACAAAAAACAUUGAUCCAUGGUAAGAACAUACAUUAGCAGUACUUUAAAGCGUGAAGGAAGGUUGAAAAGCCGGCAAUACAGAAGAAAAAGAAACCAAAUGGAUCGCAUAAUAAAACACUAAUCAAAUUUGGACAUAAUUUUGGCAAGCAGUAAAAGAAUACUUAUCAACCAAUAACAUAAAACACUCCAGUACUAAUAAUUUAGGAUCCCUAUUUCGGCUUAUACAAAAAUACAUGUUACACUGAAAAUUAUAAUCAACAACUGUUUUAAAAAAACAGAACUGAAAAUAUACCAUUGAUUGGAUGAGAAGGAACAAGGGAAACCAGAGCGGCUGUAAGCUGGUCGAAGUACUCAACAACAACUACAACAACAAGCAAAAGAUUUAUUGUGAGAAAAAACAAUGAAAAUAAUAAAGUGCGUUUUUUACCAGAAGAAACUCACAAUAUUUUUAAAACCAUAGGCCUGGUUGAAAAUUGAAACUGUAUGGCAAUGAAAAGAACUAACAAUAAAGUCACAUCAUUUACGCUA